UUUAGAUUUAAUUUUUUUAGUAGAUUUGAUUGAUACUACAAUUAAAUGAUUAAUAUUGGUAUUGAUUUCUCUGAAUCUGGGGAAGUAGACACAUAUUCCUCUUUCUGAGGAGUAGACAAAAACAGUACACAAAUUCAGCCGGACGCUAUUCUUCCAAAUCAAUCAAAGAAUGCCGGAUCAACCGCAAGUUCUGAAAGCAGGAAGCAGGCCACCAUGGGUGGGAUUAGCAGCAGCUGUAUGGGUUCAGAUAUCGGCAGGGAACGGCUAUAACUUCCCACUUUACUCUUCUGCAAUAAAAUCCGUGUUGGGUUUUACCCAGCAACAAAUCACUAUACUUGGAGUGGCAAAUGAUUUUGGAGAGAGUGUGGGGAUUCUUCCUGGAAUUGCCUGUAACAAGUUUCCUAUAUGGAGCGUACUUCUUGUUGGCGUUGUUGCUUGUUUCUUGGGCUAUGGUGUUCUCUGGUUAGCCAUUACUGAGACUGUUCAGGGUUUGCCUUAUUGGGUGUUGUGGAUUGCGCUUGUUAUUGCCACUAAUAGCAAUGCAUGGUUUGGGACUGCUGUACUUGUAACCAAUAUGAGAAAUUUCCCUUUCAGCAGGGGCACUGUUUCUGGUAUUCUCAAAGGGUACGUUGGCCUUGCUGCGGCAGUAUAUACAGUCGUGUACAAUAUGGUGCUCAAAGAUUCUGCCUCAAAACUUAUGUUGUUUCUUGCUAUUGGCAUUCCCAUUUUAUGUCUAGCCUUGAUGUAUUUUAUUCGACCUUGCACACCAGCUUCUGGAGAAACGGACUCUUCCGAGGACGUUCAUUUUGUUUUCACCCAAAUUGCUAGUGUUAUCCUAGGCAUCUAUCUUGUGAUAGUCACGAUAACAAGUGACUUGGUUUCUCUAAGUGAUGUUGUCUCCUACCUAUUGGUUGCCAUAAUGGUUAUCCUUCUUUUAUCUCCUCUCGGAAUUCCUAUCAAAAUGACUCUUUUCCCUGCAAAUACGAAGAAAAAACAAAGUUCUCGAGUUGAUUCUUCAGACCAAUUGGCUGAUCAAGAUGGAAAUUCGACCCAAUAUGAACCUCUGUUGGCUCCAUCCUCGUCAGAGACACAUCUUGGAAGUUUUAAUGACAGCGACGAUGCAUCAGAUAUGGAAACACUUCUUGCUGUUGGGGAGGGGGCAGUAGUGAAGAAGAAAAGAAGACCAAGAAGGGGGGAGGAUUUCAAAUUUCGCGAGGCCUUUAUCAAGGCUGAUUUUUGGCUGCUCUGGAUCGUCUACUUUCUUGGUGUUGGUUCUGGGGUCACAGUUCUCAAUAAUUUGGGUCAAAUUGGCAUUGCAUUUGGUGUUGAUGACACAACAAUAUUGUUGUGUAUAUUCAGCUUUUGCAAUUUCGCUGGUCGGCUUGGCGCAGGUGUUGUUUCUGAACAUUUUGUCAGGUCAAAAACACUUCCUCGAACAUUUUGGAUGACAUGCACACUAAUACUGAUGGUCAUAACAUUUGUCUUGUAUGCAUUAGCUCUCAAUGGUACUCUCUACAUUUCAACAGCUCUGCUCGGUGUAUGCUACGGUGUUCAGUAUUCUAUAAUGGUCCCAACCGUCUCUGAGCUCUUCGGCCUGAAACAUUUUGGAGUAAUAUACAACUUUAUGCUGCUAGGCAAUCCUAUUGGUGCGCUUCUCUUUUCUGGUAUACUCGCUGGUUAUGUAUACGAUGCUGAAGCUGCAGUGCAGGGCAGCUCUAUCUGCUUGGGUCCAAAUUGCUUCAGGUUGACAUUUCUAGUAUUAGCUGGCAUAUGUGGAUUAGGAACAAUUUUGAGCAUAAUUUUGACUGUUAGGAUAAGGCCGGUUUAUCAAAUGCUUUACGCCGGAGGCUCGUUCCGUCUUCCCCAGACUUCAGGUCACUGAUAAGCAGAAACCAAAGGCUCCCAUUGAAGUUGAUUUUAGGCUUUGCUUUUAGUUCCUUAUCAGACCUUGCAUUAGCUUUAGCGGUAUGAGACCAUAAUCCAUUGUAUUUCACUUGUUGAAUCAGCCCUUAGAGGGGAUACAAACCUUAUGUACAUUUCAAUGCAAGUGGGAAACUUCUGUGUGCGCGAGUA